AUGGCCGCAGAGAAGAAGUCGCCGCAGCAGGCGACCAUCAGCGAACUACCUCCCGGUUCUUCUUGCCCGUCUGAGGGUGCGUCGUCAAAUGCCAGUUUAUUGAAAGUGGUAGAUUGGGACGGCCCAGAUGAUCCAGAGAAACCAGUGAAUUGGCCUCGAUCCAAAAAGAACCAGAUUCUCGGCGCAGUGUGCCUAAUGCGCUUCACAACCCCGCUUGCCUCAUCGAUGAUGGCCCCGGCACUCUUACAAAUUGAAAAUGAGUUCAAAUCAUCAUCAAUGGUGAUGAACUUUGCAGUCUCUAUCUAUAUCAUCGGAUUCGGACUCGGACCCUUGGUGCUCGCACCACUCUCUGAAAUUUACGGGCGAAACAAGAUUUACCACGCCGGCAAUGUUUUGUUCACUAUUUGCACUGCAUGCUGCGGUAUCUCUCCAAACGCCACAUCUCUCCUCAUAUUCCGACUGCUUUCUGGGGUUAUGGGUGGCGCCCCAUUAACAAAUGGCGGAGGAACCAUUGCGGACCUUAUCCCCUCAAAUGAGCGAGGAUUUAUAAUGAGUGUUUUCAGCCUGGCAAUGCUACUUGCACCCGUUUUGGGCCCAGUGGCUGGCGGUUUCUUGUCAGAGGCUGCCGACUGGCGAUGGAUCUUCUGGCUUUUGACCAUUAUGAGUGCUAUCACAGCAAUUGUAGGAUUCAUCUUCCUGCGGGAAACCUAUGCCCCCACACUUCUCGAACGAAAAGCUUCUCGACUCCGCAAGAAGACUGGAAACCCAGACCUCCAAGCCGCAAGCAAAUCGCCCCUUCCUCUUCAGCAACUUAUUUUCCUUGCUAUAAUGCGUCCGAUGAAGCUGCUCUGUACCAGCCCCGUCAGUAUUGUGAUGGCCCUUUACAUGGGACUGAUCUACGGCAUUAUCUACCUUCUGUUUACCUCGUAUACUGUGGUAUUUCAACAUCAAUACGGCUUUAGUCAAGGAGUUGCAGGUCUCGCAUACCUUGGCAUGGGACUGGGUUGUGCCACACAGCUGUUCCUGGGCCACUAUAGUGAUAAGCUUCACACUAAACUCACGCAGCGCAAUGGCGUUGAGAGAGCAGAAUAUCAUCUUUUGAUGCUGAUUCCCGCUGCCUUCGCGCUUCCUGUCGGAUUGAUCAUUUAUGGCUGGACAGCACAGUAUCACAUUCACUGGAUUGUUCCAAUCUUUGGCACAUUCUUUAUUGGCGUGGGUUUCUCAGGCUCAAUGACCAGCGUCCAAACAUACCUGGUCGGAGCUUUUACUGCCUACUCUGCUAGUGCACUCGCCGCGAACAACGUUGUACGCAGCAUAAUUGGUGGUGUAGUGCCACUCUCUGGGCCGGAUAUGUACGGCAAACUCGGACUUGGCUGGGGAAACACAUUGUUGGCCCUUCUAGCCUUGGUAUUCGGACUGGCUCCUUUAUGGUUUUAUCGGAACAAGGAGCACCAAAAUGAGAGCAAACGCAUCCCAGUUUAA